AUGGACCUUAUAAGAAACUUUGAUGGCUAUUUCUCAAAGGUUCUCAGGUCCAGCGGACUGAACACCUCGGAGUAUGGCGAGUAUUUAGAAAAAUCGCGUUCUUUGUUUAAAAGGUCUCUUAUCCUGUGCCCAUCAAUGGGUCCGUUGGAGCCUGCCCGCGUGUUUGUUUGCAUAGAGCUGGUAUUGGCACAGUAUGGUUUAUGCAAAAGUUACCACCUUCCUGUUAGGAGCAAAAUUACCAUCGAUAGGGCAUUCAACGUGCGGUUUUCUUGUCUUACCAAUGCAGAGUAUCUGACGGCAAUGCAACAGCUGAGCAGUGGGCUGUCGCUUAACCUCUCCAAACUGUCGAUCCGGGUUUUGGGGCUUUCCACUGGAUGCGAGCAACUGAUUUGUCCCUGUGAAAAGUUGCUGGAUAUGUUUAUCCCUCUUUUCUGCAGCACACUUCCGGAAGCAUCCAAGGCUUUCGUUACAAACGAAAAUCCCGACCUCUUGCUGGCCAUCUUCAUCGCCGUGACAUCCUGUCUCAAGUAUUCCAUCAAUGAAAGAAGCUUUCAAAACUAUUUGCAGUCCAUCAGACACAUGUGCAGAAAACAGCUGGAUGCCAUUCAGGCAGACUCGUUGUUAUUUAAGGAGCUCAAAAAGCAGAAGCGAAGCCCACACAAAACAAUUGGCGGUCACAAAGACGUUUUGCUUGAAAUGAGUGACACUUGCUCGCCAUCUGCGGGUGCGGAAAAUUGUGCUCUCAACAUGCCCAGAAGAUCGGUUCCUUUGCUUCCUGAACACAUCAAAUAUGCAGGCAUUUUGGAAGAUUCUCCCGAGUUUUACUUUUACAAGCGGUGGAGGGAUUCUAUUCUUCUAAAAUACAAAUAA